CUAGCGGCGCCCGACGACCUGGUACCUCGCGGUACCAGAUCGCUACUUCCUCCCUCUUUGGCUCCUCACCUCACCCCUCUCGGCUCGCGCAUUGACUCUGGCGACCACUACCGCGGCUCUGGGCACGAACCCAGCCGCGCGACCCAGGACUUGAACACCGCGCGUUCAAGCCCAGCGCCGAGCCGCAAGACCAAGCGGACCACGAGGAACGCGGAUCGUGGAGGUUGCGAGGAGAUCCCGAAGGAACGAGAAGGGUGCGAGGAAGGCACGAAGGGAGAGAGGGAGGAAGGGUGCGGAGCGAGUAGGGACAGCCAGCAGGAAAGCUCGCAAUUCGCAGUGGCCGCGCCAGCACACGGAUCGACAACCACAAAGGUCGUCGCGCGGGUUGUUGGCCAUGAAGGCGGCGCACUACGGGACGACCUAAUGGUCGUAACCCCCAUUCCUCAAGACGGCAGGUCCGUGAUACGGGACGACCUUGUGGUCGUACCGUCGAUUCCGCAGGACGACACGUCCGAUGUACUCGAUCUACCCAUCGCCGGCCGAUGGAUAGCGAGUACGCCGAGUUUGGUGCUUGACGUACACGCUGCGGACCAGCACGAAGAGUCGAGAGUUGAGGGUACUCCCCUGAUGGACGUACCCGGGCCCACUCUGACACAUCUCCACUUGCCCGUGCUCGUGCUAGCAUACGUAGCGACGAACGUGAAGUUUGUCGUACGCAUGACUGGCCAAGAAGAUGGCAUGGUCGCGCUGUGGGACGACCCAAGGGUCGUACCUUCCGCACUACAAGGCGAGGCACUUGUGCUCGGGGACGACCUCGCGGUCGUACCCUCCAAUUCGCAUGGCGGCGCGACGGACAUGCAGCGAUGCAUGCCCAACGUGUCCCACUCAAUCUCGACUGCAUAUGGCGCGACGUCCGCGCCUCAAGACGGCCUGCACGUCCUUGCGGAAGUGCAGGCCUCCGACUGUCCCAACACAGCUGAACCUCUUUUGGGUCAGACGGCCAAGCCGUGGAACGUCCCGGACAACCUCUCCCGCGACGCACUCGACUCCGCAGGGCUUUUGGAAAGCCGAUCGACGCGUAGGGCCUCCCUGCGAGAGGCUUCUCGUGCUCGUUGGCGAGCACAAGCAGCGCAAGUCCGCGCAGCUGAACCGCCCGCGGUUCAACUGGCAGACCCACCGGAUGGCUUCGCUUUCGACUUAACCCGCUCCAGCCGUCACCGACCGUGCGCGGCCGUAUUCCACGAGGACUUGCACUCCCCACAGGAAGUGCAAGCCCACGGCCUCUUCAAGACAGCUGAACUUUUCGCGGUUCAGCUAGGAAGCCCACGCUACGACCUCGACCGGAUCGACAACGCAGCGGACCUCGCCCUCGACCCCUUGAGUGACCGCCACCCUAUUCGCGACCCCGGCGCCCCUGCGAACGCGCAGUCCGACGCUCGGGUAUUCCCAAUGAACGCGCGAGCUCGAGAUCGCGACUCGACUGCUGCACUACCAGUAGUGCAGCAGCCGGCGUUUACGGACCCCUACACGCCAGACCAGCCUCCCGACUGCCAACUCGGCGAGAAUUUCACAGUUCUCGCCGAGGACUCGCUCCUACGGUGCCCUACCCCGAUUCUUAUCGACCUCCCUACGGCCUCCGACACCCAUGGCGAUUACGACAGGCGCCAUGAAUCGGCGACCCUGCAUACACCCCGGAGAUCGUGCAAGGAAUGGGAGGACGGGCAGGACGGGAACGGAGGAGACGCGGGCGAGGGCACGGAAGCCGGAGAGUUAGACGAGGAAGGUCAGGCAGAAGGAGGAGAGGGGGAAGGGUGUGGUGUACGCGAAGCAGACGAGGAUGUGAGCUCAAGAAGCAAAGUCACCCUGUACGACGGUGGUACGGAUGGCCCACGGGACAACCCACAGACGAUGACUGGCACGGACAUGCUGUACAGUACGAUCGGCGAGCGAGGGUGCUCGAACCGUGUAUCCAACGUUCCUGCGGUUUGCACGCAGAGGUUGAAUCCUUCGGUCACCGACUACGGCGAGGAGCUCGGUGGCGACUCGCUCGUUGCCAACAUUGUCCUGUCGCCAUCGGCACUCUGA